CGGCGGCGGCCGAGGCGCGAGCGGGGCCGGGCCUGGGCAGCCGCGGCGGCGGAGGACCUCGCGCAGUGUCCGCGGGCUCCGGGGCGGGGGCUCCAGCGGCCAGGCCCCCUCCCCGGGGAGGCGGAGCCGGGAACGCCGGCGGCCGAGAAGGAUGCAUCAGAAGCUGCUCAAGAGCGCGCACUACAUCGAGCUGGGCAGCUACCAGUACUGGCCGGUCCUGGUGCCCCGCGGCAUCCGCCUCUACACCUACGAGCAGAUCCCCGUGUCCCUCAAGGACAACCCUUACAUCACCGACGGCUACCGGGCCUACCUGCCCUCCAGGCUGUGUAUCAAAAGCUUGUUUAUUCUGUCUAAUGAGACGGUUAACAUCUGGAGUCAUUUGCUGGGUUUCUUUCUCUUCUUCACACUGGGCAUCUAUGACAUGACAUCUGUGUUACCUUCUGCAAGUGCAUCCAGAGAAGAUUUUGUGAUUUGCUCUAUUUGUCUUUUCUGCUUCCAGGUUUGUAUGCUUUGCUCUGUGGGCUAUCACCUUUUCUCCUGCCAUAGAUCAGAAAAAACCUGUCGAAGAUGGAUGGCGUUAGAUUAUGCAGGAAUUUCUAUUGGAAUACUGGGAUGCUAUGUCUCAGGAGUAUUUUAUGCGUUUUAUUGUAAUAAUUAUUGGCGCCAAGUGUACUUGAUCACAGUGCUGGCCAUGAUCCUGGCAGUGUUCUUUGCACAGAUUCAUCCUAAUUACCUCACACAGCAAUGGCAGAGGCUCCGUUCUAUCAUCUUCUGUUCUGUUUCGGGAUAUGGAGUGAUUCCUACUCUUCAUUGGGUUUGGCUCAAUGGAGGCAUUGGUGCUCCCAUUGUACAGGACUUUGCACCUCGUGUACUUGUGAUGUAUAUAAUUGCUCUCCUUGCUUUCCUCUUCUACAUUUCCAAAGUGCCAGAACGGUACUUUCCAGGACAACUGAACUACCUCGGAUCAAGCCACCAGAUAUGGCAUGUCCUUGCAGUAGUGAUGUUAUACUGGUGGCAUCAGUCAACAGUGUAUGUCAUGCAGUAUAGACAUAGCAAGCCUUGUCCUGACCAUGUUUCACAUUUAUGAAUUCAGGUAUGGCUACCUGGUGAAUUCAAUUGUUAAGCAAUAUGUAAUGGGGAAUUAUAUACCCCGCUGUUUCUAAGGUUCCCAUUACUUUUUGUUUUUCCUCUUGUUUGAUACAUCAUGAGUAAUGCUUUAUAAAAACAGAAAUAUAUCCUUGAGUAUCUGUGUAGUAAUAACUGCUGUAUGGACUCUGAAAACUUAAUAAUCUGCUGUUUAUACAGAAAGUGAUGUCUAGAUGGCAAUCAUAAGAGACACCUGCACAGUGAAUGUGAAGCCAGUGGAGAAAUAGGGUUUAUUUUCCUUCACACCAGCUUAAUUUCCUUAGGAAGGGCUCAUUUCCAUUAGAAAAUGGAGACAUCCUGUGUGAUUACUUACAUAGAAGAUAUUUUCGGUAAAUUGUCAAAUUUAAGUGCCUAAUCCAAGCAAGGUUUGUUACAGCCUAUGCUUAGUAUUCAUACAAGCUACGAGACUGAUUCUGUAUAAUCACUAGCCAGUCAACACAUACUCUGUCAGCAACUGGCACUUGAGAGAUUGCUGCCUUUAGCUAGAAGUUCUCUGCUCCCUAGCAACAGUGAAGUUUUCCAGCUUCCAGAACCAAAACUGAAUUUCUACUCCUUUUGGAAGGAUAUUAAGAAAAGGAAAGACACUUGCAUUGUCAUUUUCUCAGAUAAACAUCACAUUAGAAACUAAUUACAUAAUUAGGCAACAGAUUCUAUCAAGUCUUUGGGCUCCAAGACUUCUAAUUUCUAGAUACCAUGUAAUUCCAAAUAAUAAUUUAAUUGCACGUUGACUGCAGAAAUUUUUGAUCCCAAUGCCAGAAAACCUUUCAUUUUUCAGAAUUUGUAUUUCUGAAUUUCUUGAUGAUGGGGAUUCCCAGCUAUAUGGCAUCUGUAGAUCCCAUUGGAUCUGUGUAGACAGCCACGCCUUGACAUGGAUGUGCCUGUUCCGGCCUGAACAGAUGCGCAGAUGCGCAGUGGCUGAUGGGAUCAUUCAUGUUUGUGCAUGUAUUUAGCAUCACACUCACACAACCCCGAGAAACACUAAUACUUGGAACUGAAGCAUUAACCCUCGUCCAUUUUUGCAUAUACUUUGUAGGUCUCUCGACCCCCUCCUUUGGUUUGGUAUUUUCAUAUGCAUUAAUUAAAUUUCUUAAAAACAUUCAUAAAAACUUAGGUUUCUCAUUGGAAUAUAAAAUAGUAUCAGAACCCAAUUACUAUCAAAAACAAAAGUUGAAGCUGGUGAAGCUUACUCCCAGAAUGCUUUGCACAGGAAAGCUGCUUGAAUGUGCCUCAGUUUAUGUAUCUGUAAAAUGUUUCUUUCCAAUAUAGUGUUAAACAUUGCCCUGCUAUGCUAGUAUCACCACAAGGAGAACUUUCCCGCAGGGGUUCAGUUGGGGCACUUCCGUCACACUCAUUCGUAGGAUGGAAUGCUACUCUAAGCUGGUUAUUUACUUUGUAAAGCCACAAAUUUGGUGUAUUUGCUAGGUGGUAAAAGAUUUUGGUCUAACAGCGUAGGGUAUUAUUUCCAGUAAGACAUCCUGUAUUUGGCUUACUUUUAAAUUGACAUUUUAGCCAAACAAAAUAAUACUGAGUAGUCACACUCAGGUUAAUAAAGGGAGAGUCCAGUUAUUUGGGUAUGGAACCAUUUUUUAUUAUAAAAUCUCUUCCGAAUUUAAAAAAAAAACUUUGGCUUUUGUUUUUUAAAUUCCUAUUUUUGUUAUGUAUUGAUUUAAUAUUUGGCAUUUGAAUUUAACACAUAAGAUAUACUGUAUUUUUUGACAGCUUUCUUUGAAUUUAAAACAUGUUUGGUCUCACUGUAGAGAGAAUUAUGUCAUGUAAACAUUGCAGCUGUUUAUGAAAAUGAUUUUAAGAAGACUUUACUCUCAUUUUUAUCUUUACGAUGAUAUAUAUUUAUUGUGAAGUAGAAAAUGAAUCAGUUGAUUCCUGUCAAACUGUAAACACUUCUCUACAUAUUCACCUUUGUUGACCACCUACUGUGUGCGCAGCACUACUGGUAAGAUUUCUGAGACAUUGUUGGCAUUAAAUAGUAUUUAAUUGCAUAUAAACCUGAGCCAUGUAAUAACGUAUAUUUAAGUUAUUUGUAUUUUUAGUUAUUAAAAUGAGAUUAAAAGAAUGCUAUCCAGCUACAAAACUGAAAAAGAUUGGUUUUAAUUUUACUUAUAUGUAAACUGUAAAAGCUGUUUAGCCACACCCUCUGUUUUAAAAUUAUGUCUAUUUUAAAUUGUCUAUAGUGAUUUACAGGAUUGUAGCUUAAUUCACACAUGGUUAUCUCCUUCUUUAAAGCCAAUUUCAAAUAGCAAGGUAGUGUCUGUUAUUACAUUGAGUGCAAUUCAUUAAGCUGCAUGAAAAAAAUAUGUAUUAUGUAAAUAAAAUAGGUUUACUAAAUA